CAAUCCCCGUGGCAAACGAAUUCGGCGGUCUUAGUCGGACUGUAAAAACUUCUUUAUUUAACACCACACUUCAUAAUUAAAACGUAAUUAAUUAGAUAGAGUGAUACUUGUGAAAGGAUAUUGAAAAAUGUGUUGAUAUCGUGCUUCUAACCUUAAAGGAUAUUUUGAAAUUUGAAAAAUGGAUAACCUCCUAAACAAGUUUUCAGGCUUCAGUGCAGGACACGAAAAAGCCUUAAAACAAGGAAUUUACAAUGCGGUGGCACUCUUGCUAUUAUCCUUAAUAUGCUCCGCGGGAUACGGACUUUAUAUUGUCUUGAGUCCUUUCGUGAAACCUUUAAUUUGGGCAUUAUUAUGUGGCUCGGUGUUGUUUCCUUUCAAGUGUUCUUUGGCGACGACUGUGCAUUCCUGGUUCAGCUGGUCAGAAGCUUCUCACAGGCCUUUGGCUGUUAAUUUAACUAUGAUACCUGUCUAUAUAGUGGAUGAUGUUUCUGAAAUUAUUGGAUCUUUUCUUCGAAAACACUUCAAGUAUAUUUUUGGUGCUGUAUCGUUCGGAACAAUUGGUUCUCUAGUUUAUAAUUACAUGCCUAACAUUUUUAUGUGCCUGGUUUGGAGAAUUGGUAUGCUUGUAAAUACGAUUCUUGGAUUCUUUAUUUCCACUUGCAAUACCUGGAUGAUUUCCUUGAUCCUGGUCGGUUACCUAUCAGUUCUCUACAUCUACUGGAGGCCAGAGAACUCGCUACAGUUCCACUUAUCUGCAUGUGUCAUAUGGCUGCUGGUCAGUCUCUACAUCUCCAACAUCCUGGGAACAUAUCCAGUCAUAAUCUUCUGCACCCUGCAAAUCCUCCUCGUCGUUGGCUUCAUUUAUGAAGUUUUAGCAAUCCUAGAACGCCAAGAAUUAGAAGGCAACUGCCUCUCAUUUAUGGAAGCAGCAAUUAAUUUAAUACGAAAUGACUCUCGAACCUGCUGGCCCGAUUCAAUCGACAGACCAACAUCCCCAGAUGACGAAGAUGCAUUCGAAGACGUGUUAGAAGCAAAUAUCAAAUCCAUGGAUUCCAUGGAUGAAAAGAAUCCAGAAGUUACAUCGAGUACUCCCGUAGAAAGUAAACCUAGAGUUAUACCAAAGCUCAAAGACACACCAAAAGCUCUUACAGUCGAUGCUGAUCCUGCAAAAUCGCUCAUGUCAAGAGGAUCAAAAUCUUCUAGAAACUCGACACCAAUUUUGAGAAUUACUGUACCAGAGAGACAUUUCUUGAAGAAAUUAGGGGCUGAUUUGAGAAUGUCUUUGGAUAUUGAAGACGAUAAAGUUGAUACGGAUAAGUACAUGAAGGGAACUAUGUAUGCUUGUGCAGGGAUGCUUCUCUGGAAGCACAAAUGGAUUGUUCAUAUUUUGAUCAUUCCGAUAGCGUAUUAUUUCAUCAAACAAUUAGGCAGCUACUUUGGUCUUUGGACUGUAAUACAGGGACGAAUUCAGCGGAUUAUUGAUAAUGUGAAAAACUGGUGUGACGAGAGACUCAAUGGUUUGUUGCCGGUUCAUGUUAGAGGCUUGUAUAAAGUUAUCAUAAUAGUUGAUCAGAAGUUGACGACUAUUUUAAAAAGAUCGGUCGAUUCUGUUGCUACUGUUGCCGUGAUUCUGGGUCUACUUGUUUUUACUAUUUGUGCUACGAUAUUUAUUACGAUACAGGUUUAUGCUGAAGGAAUUCAUUUGAUUCAAAUCACAGGAGACAUUGUGAAUUCAUCUUUGAUGAAUAAUCCAGAUAUUGAUUGGGUGCCCGAACAAUGGGAAGAGUCUGUUAACAGUGUUCUUGACAAUGCCUACACUUAUGGUCGAAGUGCAAUUUCCGAUGGGGUGAAGAAUCUUGUCAAAGAUUUGGAACCAGCCAAGGCUGAAUUGAUGGAGAAGAAAGUUUUAGAACUCUGGGACAGACUUUAUCAGGCUUGGAUGAUGUCUAAUGAUAGUUCAGACAUGAUUGGUCCCACUGUGAAUAUCGAAGCUGCUUAUUCUGUCUGGGAAAGCUUCAAGGAUAGUUUUGGAAAAACACCUCUCCAAUUAUUCAACAUGACGAGUAUUCAGAAUUUCGCAAAAGAGAACGUUGGCAUUCUUAUGUCAGUCCUCGACUCGAUUUGGGGCAUUGUUAAAGGAAAUAUGUCAGUUAUUUUAGGAAUAUUAACAGAGUUACUCUAUAUUGUGUUAAUCAGUGGCUCGGCCGUACUUAAUUUUGCACUCAGUAUGGUAGUAUUUUUCACGGCUUUAUUUUACCUGCUAAGUUCUAGUGGAAAAACUUACAAGCCCAUCGAAGCGAUAACUACAUUUAGUCCUAUAAGCUGCCAUAGCAUGUCUGAAUUUGGAGGAUUCGCGGUUGCUCUACAAGAAUCAGUGAUUGGCGUUUUUGCAGCAACAUUUAAAUUAGCUUCCUUUUUUGGAUUGUGGACCUGGUUUAUUCACAAUCUCUUCCAAGUGAAAAUCGUCUAUCUGCCCUCAGCUUUUGCAAUGAUACUCGGCGCUUUGCCCUUCCUCGACGCAUAUUUCGCUUGUAUACCAGCGACUAUUGAACUUUGGUUUACUCGAGGACCAAUGAUUGCCACGCUUUUCUUCUUUUUCCAUUUCUUACCCUGUAAUAUCGUCGUAACAGAAUUUUACAAAGAAAUCAAAGGAGGUGGACAUCCAUAUCUCACAGGUUUAUCGAUAGCCGGAGGAAUUUUCUGCUUGGGCGUAGAAGGAGCAAUUUUCGGCCCUUUGUUACUCUGCUGCAUAAUGGUCGCAAUUAAUUUAAGUCGUCGCUACCUUUACUCGCCUUCUGAAGAGACAAUAAAAUUCUAUCAAGUCUCAGAUCCACCAGCUGGAAAGUAACUCACACGAAUUGUGAAAUAUAUUUUUUAUAUUCAAUCGCUUUCUUCCAGCCCGAAUCAAGUAGAUAUUUACACGUUGGCUAAUCGCAAAAUCGAAAGCUGCGAAUAUUAACAAAUUAAUUAUAUUUGGCAAACGAAAUGAUAAUCUGUGAUUAACUCAUAAGUGCAGUGAAAAUUAAACAGUCCAACUGUUUAUCUAUUACUUCCAGUCCUCAAACUUAUCUAUUUAUAAGAGAUUAAAAACUACGCUUUAUUUAAAUGUGAAAACUACUCGUCCAUAAAAUGAAUCAACUGUGUGAUAAUAUUUAUAUAAUAUAUAAGGCUAAUUUUUCGCUGUUUUUCAGAUAAUCAAAGAUUUGAAGUAAUUAAUAUAAUUAAUAAUAAAUUAUUGAUGCCAAGGGGAUUUUAUAAAACGCGCAAUUUUUCAUAGAUAUAAGAUACGACUCUCUUUUUUUCUUAUUGAUUGCUUCAACUUCAAGAUGUCUGCGUGUAUAUAUUUUGUAUCAUCUUUGGACAAAUGCCAAAGAAUUUCUAAUAAAUCAGUGUUACGAUGA